AGUGACAUGCUGAUUGGGACUGGACCAUGCAGAGCCAGAAGACCCCAGGGUCUGAUCAAACUCAUGGCCCUUACCCUCUGGCAGUAGCCCCCCCUGGUGGUUGGAGGGGGAUGGAGCGUGGUGGAGGGGAGAGCCCCCGCAUGCAGGACAGUCCUGAGCGGGAGCGGCGGGGGGGCAGCCCGGACCUCAGUGGACCCCCGCCAGGGAAGAUGGGGCGUUUGGAGCUCAACGGGAGCCCCACUGGGCCACGCCUCCUACGCCACAACGGCCACCCACACAGACCUCUGGGAGGUCUGAUGAUCCCAGUGUUCUGUGUGGUCGAGCAGGCAGGGCCUGACGGAGGGAUGCAGCGUGAACGAGAGCGUGAGGAGGUGGAGAGGAAGGAGGGACACAGAGAGGAGCAUGCUGAGUUUGUCCUGGUCAGGAAGGAUAUCCUCUUCAACCAGCUGGUGGAGACUGCCCUGCUGGCCCUGGGGUACUCCCACAGCUCAGCAGCUCAGGCCCAUGGCAUCAUCAAGGUGGGUCGUUGGAACCCUCUGCCCAUCCACUUCCUAUCAGAUGCCCCUGAAGCCACAGUGGCUGAUAUGUUGCUGGACGUCUAUCACAUGGUCACCCUCCGCAUUCAGCUACAGAGCUUUGCCAAGCUGGAGGACCUUCCGUCAGAGCAGUGGAACCACGCUACGGUGAGGAACGCCCUCAAGGAGCUUCUCAAGGAGAUGAACCAAAGCACACUGGCCAAGGAGUGCCCCCUCUCACAGAGUAUGAUUUCCUCAAUAGUAAACAGCUCCUACUAUGCCAAUGUCUCCACUGCCAAAUGCCAGGAAUUUGGACGCUGGUACAAGAAGUACAAGAAAAUCAAAGGAGAUUAUCUGGAGAAGAUGUGGCCAGGAAGAGAUAAUUCAGAAAUCAAAGUGGAGAGAGACAGCCUGGCAGACUUCUGUGUCAUGGGCCAACGUCCCCCUCCCCACCUGGCCAGCCUGGCCCAGCUCAGCCACCUUGGAGGGGGUGGAGGUACCCUCCUCAAGGGUGGAUCUGGAGACCCCCACAACCCCUCCCAACCCCCCCAACAACAACCCCAACAACAACACCCCCCCUCGCCCCACGGCCAGCUCCACCACAGCCCCCCUCUGCGUGGCCAGGUCCCCCCUCCCGGCCCUCCAGCCUCCCUUCAGCCUCUCCUCGGCCCAGGCGGGCUUCUCUCCCCCCAGCUUAGCCCUCAGCUUGUCCGACAGCAGCUAGCCAUGGCUCACCUCAUUAACCAGCAGCUCGCUGUUAACCGCCUGCUAGCCCACCAGCACCCACAGGCCCUCAAUCAGCAGUUCCUCAACCACCCUCCCAUCCCUCGGCCCUCCAAGGCAGGGGGCCCUGGGGACCUCGGGAACAACCCGUCUGCUGCGGAAGUCUCCACUGAUAUCUACCAGCACGUCAGGGACGAACUGAAGAGAGCCAGCGUCUCACAGGCUGUGUUCGCUCGCGUGGCCUUCAACAGAACACAGGACGUAUUUAGACCGACCAUCACUAACCAUGUCCCAUGCCACCUCAUGCAGAAGGUGUGGGAGAGAGGUAUGGACGAACAGCUAACUCCUGAUGCCUGGGCUUCUAUCUGGAAGAAUAAGACUAAAAUCUCCAACUCGCCCAAGCCGCCAUGCCUCAACCCAGACCUGCCACUGAAGCUGGAGUCUCUGGUCAACAUCACGUCAGGUAUCUAUGAUGAGAUCCAGCAGGAGAUGAAGAGGGCCAAGGUGUCUCAGGCACUGUUCGCCAAGGUGGCUGCCAACAAGAGCCAGGGCUGGCUAUGUGAGUUGCUGCGGUGGAAGGAGAACCCUAGCCCAGAGAACCGUACUCUGUGGGAGAACCUGUGUACCAUCCGGAGGUUCCUGACUCUGCUCCAGACAGACAGAGACCUGGUGUAUGAAGAGGAGUCCAGGCACCACCACAGUGAGAGGCUGCAUACUGUACUACACCUGCCCCAAGAACCACAGCUGUACCUGCUUUCUCACCAGACACUGCACAGACAACCCCCACAACCCCUGAAGGACCACUCCCCGAUGCGCGAGGACCCCAUGCCCCAGGGUAACGAUGAAGAGUCCCAGAAUGUUGAAAGAGUCAGUUCAGGAGUCGGUGGUGGCGUGGUCAUUAAGAAGCCUCGGUCGCGCACUAAGAUCUCUCUAGAAGCCCUGGGCAUCCUGCAGAGCUUCAUCCAGGAUGUGGGUCUUUACCCAGACCAAGAGUCCAUCCACACUCUGUCAGCCCAACUAGACCUGCCCAAGCACACCAUCAUCAAGUUUUUCCAGAACCAGCGCUACCACGUCAAGCAUCACGGCCGGCUGAAGGAGCUGGGGGAGGGGGCCGGUGGUGUGGAUGUCAGCGAAUACAGAGACGAGGAGCUCCUCUCCAGCUCAGAGGACCCUGAGUCCAGCGAAGACGGUCAUGAGGAGAUGUACCCCACUACAGAGAGGGAAAGAAGGGGAAGCAACCCAGCAGGGUCAGCCCCUGCCCUGGCACCAGCCCAGCCUUCAGGGACCAGCAUGGGGGCCAUGGAGGAGGGCAAGGACAAGGGGCAUUCUCAUGGUCUGAGUGGGGGCCGAGCCAGCUCCCUGCCCCCUGGUAGCUCCUCAUCCAGCCCCAGAGAGCAGGCUGACUUCCAGAGAUAGAGACCCAGAGAUGAGAGGAGAUGCAGAAAGAGAGAGAGAGCGAGACCCAGACAGACAGACAGACAGACAGACAGACAGACAGACAGACAGACAGACAGACAGACAGACAGACAGACAGACAGACAGACAGACAGACAGACAGACAGACAGACAGACAGACAGACAGACAGACAGACAGACAGACAGACAGACAGACAGACAGACAGACAGACAGACAGACAGACAGAAGAGAAGAGAACGGGAACUAAAGACUGGUAGAAGGGAAGAAGGGCAUCGAUGAGACAAUGACACACUAAUACAUGCACACACACAAACACACACACACACACACAGAAAUACACAGAAAUACACAGAAAUACAGACGUAUGGGGUCCAAAGGAGGCUUCAUCAAAGAGUGAUUUAAGUGAAAAUACAAUAUGUUACCUCAGCAACAUGAAGCAGGGAAAUGCCAUGAAACAGCUGUCAUGUGUUACAGUUAGAAUAGCCUGUUCAGUAAUGUUGAGCCACUAGACAGAGAGAAAAACAAACAUACACACACAUCUCACCCCUGGCCACAACAGGAACUUGCCACAUCAACACCACUUUUGAAUUGAGCCAAUUCCAAAACUCAGCUUCACCCAAGAGGGCGGGCUCUCAUCUGCUCUGUCCAAUGACUGCUCUCUCUAAUGUCUCAACCACACCCACAUAGAGAACACUUGUCCUUAUUUCGAUGUUGGGUCUUGGGUCAGGCCCCUAACUGACACUCAUAUACUGAAUACUGGGGGCCUGCUCAGACCUCUACUAUCCCAUGGUCCCUUGGCUCCAUAUGCAGACUCCAGAUCUACAGCUCAUCACUAGCUGGCUAAGGAGUUUUUAGGACGGCUGUGGCUUUCCAUCACCUCCUCACCCUCUCCACCCCUCCAUGACAGGACUCCUCUAGUCUUUGGUCUUUGACAAUGGUGGCAGUUUGUGUGGGUGGGUGGCUGCAUGGCAGGUGGGUUUUGGGUGGAGGUAAGAACAGUGGUAUGGGAGAAUUCACCAAUGAUAAACAAAUAUGGUUUGUCAAAGUCCACAAUUGAGCUUUAUGGUCUUUUUAAAGUUGGAAUCGCCACUCCCAACCCACUCCUGUCGCCAGCCCUCAAUGGAGCAACCACACCCUACCUAACUCCCUACCCCCUACAUCAAAUAUGGAUUAUUCUCAUCUCUCCAGCACUUAUCCCACACUAACAAAGUUUUUAUGUCCACCACACUCUCUCCCUAUCUCCCGCCAGUCAUGCCUCAGCCCAGUCUCUCCCUCUUUACUCCUUUGUGGGUACUGUGGUUUACAAGGACACUAGUAGGUAAACCUAUCGUGGUUUAUGCGGACAUAAGAGAGACAGAGGACAGCCUUGUGAGGACAUGAAGACCCAGCGGUGUAAAAGGACACUCAGGGCUACAGUUACUCUGGACUGUACCCCUGCCUACCCACCCUCGACCUAUGUGGAGAGAAACAGGGAGGGACACAACAGAGCGGAGAUUCAGCAACCAAACAAUCAGUCACUUUAUGUGCGGUAGCCCACCACUUCACUCUUCCUCUCCCUUUCCCCAUCCCUCGUUCCUUCCCUCUUUCUCUUUCUCUAUAAUUGGUGCCUACAGUGUGCCGUUCCACCACACCUACCCGCACUUAACUCCUCCACCCUAUUUAUUGCUAUCUUUAUCCAUGAUUAUUAUUAUCAUUAUUGUUAUUAUUGUUGUUAUUACAGUUGUUAUUGCUGUCAUCGCUGUUUAUUUUCGGUUCUAUUUUCAUGGCUUUAAUAUUGGCUUUCCGAGCACCGUGGUUGUUUUGGUAACGAGAGACGUUUUUGAGACAUGAGAAACACACACUGCCAAAAAAGAAAAUGUCCUGUUAUGUAAACUUCGAUUAAUUUUUCCAAAGAAAGAAAGACUUUGGCAGAAACGGGAGUCAAAUCCAAAAGUGAAUCGAAACAACGAAUAAACUGUGCUGCAGAUGGUGACAAUCUAACUUCUUUGAGCUGUUGGAAAACAUGGCAGGCUUGUUUGUUAAACCCAUAUCUGAAAGUGGGUACUUGUGUCAAAGUAUGCAUCCCAAAAGGCACCCUAUUCCCAAUGUACAUGAACUACACUACUUUUGACCAGACUCUGGAAAAACAUAGUGCACUAUAUGGAGAAUAGGGUGCCUUGUGGGACACAGUCAAAGUUACAGAGGAACCAUGAUGUAUCUGGCUGUCUAGGCAGCUGCUACUAAGAUGACAUGCCUUGUACUCUUAACAAUCAUCAAUACAUUGUGUUUUAUCUCUA